UUGUUGUGACGUCAGACGUUUCGUUGACGGUCAAAAUGAAGGCGCACACGUGCUAGCUUAUAGCUGAACAUAUGAGAAUGCAUGAAAAUAAUAAUAAUCCCAGCGUAACAUUUAUUUGUUCCUUUCCUGACUGUCAAGCGUCAUAUAACAAAGAAUGGAAACUUGAAGCGCAUCUCUGCAAACACACAGGGAAGCGGCCCUUUAAGUGCGAGUAUAACGAAUGCAGCAAAUCUUUCUGCACGAAAUAUCACCUUGCUCGUCACACGCUGACACAUACCGGCGAGAGACCUUACAUAUGCACGGAGGACGGAUGCCAAGAAGGAUUCACCACAAACACCAACCUGAAGAAACAUAUUUCACGUAUUCACAGACAUGAGACAAAACAGUACAUAUGUACAUUUGAAGGAUGUGGCAAAGCAUUCAAGAAGAAUAACCAGCUGAAAACCCAUGAGUGUUCACACACCCAGCUGCUACCGUUAUUGUGCUCACAUGAAGGCUGCGGGAGACGUUUUUCACAGCGUGGUCACCUGAAGCGCCAUGAGAAGGUACACAAGGGCUAUUCUUGCACAGCUGAGGGCUGCUCAUUUGUGGCCAAGACCUGGACAGAGAUGACAAACCACAGCAAAGUUCAUAUAGUCAGGGUACAGUGUGAUCAGUGUAAGAAAACAUUCAGGGAUAGCUGGUUCCUGAAGCAGCAUCAACAUGUCCACUCUAAAGAGCGAAUGGUGUUCCACUGCCCCAGAGAUGGAUGUACCCGUUCAUACACCACUGCGUUCAACCUGCAGAGUCACAUCCUGUCCUUCCAUGAACAGCAGCGCUCCUUCAUCUGUACUCAUCCUGGCUGUGGAAAGUCCUUUUCCAUGAAGCAAAGUUUACAGCGCCAUGGCGUGGUUCAUGAUCCUGAAAAGAAACAGCUGAAGCCCCGCCCAAAACGUUCCCUGGCAUCCCGUCUGAGUGGCCACAAACCAAAAAAGAAACGUCAAGCAAAAACUUCAAAUACAGAUGAAUCUUCAAUUCCUCAUUUAAGCCAAUCAGAGACUACCUCAAGUCCUCAAUCAGUAGGUCAGCUGCAAUCAUUCAGCUCUGAAAGUAUUACAAUCCUAAAAGCAGACAUCCCAGAAACCCCCCACAGUUUAAAAAGUUCUGAUUUAGAGACCAUUAAAUCUGAAAGUGUUGUCAGCAAAGCAAAAUCCAUUUAUUCUGAGCUCAACAACACUGCAAAUCCAGUGGUCCACCUUUUAGAACCCCUCUUAUUGUAGAGUCCAGUGAACCCAAAAGUUAAUUUCACCCCACAGGACACAACUUGUUCCAAAAUAUGCAACCGUUGCAGAGAUUUUUAUUGUUGCUUUAAGUCUUUUGGCUCCUCUGUAGAGGAGGUAUCAGGAGAUGUUGGUGUCUCAAAGUCAGGUUUUAAAUUCUUGUUCGAAGUCUCUGCUUCCUUCUUCUGCAGCUCUUUAGCGGUAGCAAGCCGAAGGACGCACAUGGCAGCACGACCCCCACGAACCACAGAGGGUUUUGAUACAAAGCCAACCGGCACUGAUAUCCUCUCCACCAUCUGAGUUAAGACUUUGUCCUGUUUAGGGAAAAAAAAAAAAGAAAAUCAUAAUCUAGGUACCUGUGGGGUUUUUUUGUACCUGUAAUUUUCAAAGCAUGUUAGGUUAAUAUUAAAAGCAAAUGUAACUGUUUUAUUGUUUGUGAAUUUAAGUUUAUACAAUGAAUUUAUGUAUAAAUAAACUAAUUAUGUGAUCA